AUGGAAUGUAUGAUCGAAAUGUUAAAACAAAGGAGUAGUGCUAAAAUUUGUGAAGGAGAACAAUUGGAUGAACUAACCGAUGAUGUUUACAAUAAUUGCUUUAAUGAACAAAUUUACGAUAUUCAAAAUGAAAAUAAAAUUUCACGAAAUAAUAAUAUUGUUGGUACAAACGAUGCUAAUGAUUAUUUUUACUGGUCUCUCAUGGAUUCUAUUGUCUUUUGCUUUACCGUAAUAACAACAAUUGGAUACGGUAAUGUUGCACCAAGAACAAUGGAAGGAAGACUUUUUGUUAUAGCAUAUGGUAUCUUAGGUAUACCAUUUACAAUGCUUGCAAUUGCUAGUUUGGGUAAAUUUUUAGCCGAAAUUUUGAAAGGAAUUACGCAAAUAGCAGCACGUUUAAUCAAGGCAAUUUUUCAUCGCAAUAGAAAACAAAAGCAGUUUAAAGAAAACGAAGCUCUAAUCAAUGAUUUAAAGAAUGAUGAUAACAAGCAAAAAAUUUCAAAUGAUGAUAAUGAUGUAUUAAAUGGUACCGAAGAAAAAAAGAUAGAAAAAUGGGGUGAAGCAUUGGUACUAAUUGUGGCUUUUUUCAUUUACAUCAUAAUUGGUUCAAUUGUUAUUGCUAGUUAUGAACCGGAAAUGGACUUUUUUGGAGCUAUUUAUUUCAAUUUUGUAUCACUGACAACCAUUGGUUUAGGUGAUUUGGUGCCUAAAAAUGAAAAAUACCUGGUAUUAACGUUAAUUUACUCAGCGGUUGGUUUAGCAUUAACAACCAUUGCUAUUGAAAUUGCUGCUGAAUAUUUGAAGAUGUUACAUUAUUUCGGUCGUAAAAUUGACAAUGUUGCAAAUGUACAAGUUUGGUUUGGUGGCAAAAAGCUUACAAUGAAACAGCUAGUCCGGAACCUGGGUGAUUAUUUCGACUUACCGAUAAACGAAAUUGCUGAUCUGAACCUCGAUGAAUUCGUCAAUGCAGCAAUUAAAGUAGAAGCAGGCGAACUAGGUACCUUACGGUGUCCACGACCAAUCACUCUCGACAUUGAAUCGAUAAUCUUUGUAGACGCAGAUGAACCACUGUACCGAUAA